CUUCUGUCUUCAUCCUUCAGUUGAGCAUUUACACUACCUCAAGCAACUAAUAAAAUACCUAAUUAAACAUUUGAAAUUUGCCGCAUCUUUUAUUUGUUUUGUGAUUCUUUUCAAGGUUUAUAUUUCGUGUUGGCAUUGAUGCAUUAAGUGAUAAAAGGACCAAAAAUGACGAUCAUAGAAAAAGAAGAAAUAACAAAUGGGGAAAUAAUACCUGUAGUUCCCCUGAGCAAUUUGGAGACUGUUGAUAUCAUCCACCCUGAUCCGAAACAAGAGGAAGUAUCCAUUAAACCUUGCGGAGGUCCACUGGGCCAAAUUCUCAGUGAUUUUAGAAAAUCCAUCAAAGAUAAAAUAAGCAAGCAUUCUAAUACAUUUUUCAAUUUCCUUAUAAUAUUGGGUGUAACGCUAAUUGGAGUAUACAUCGGUUUCAUGAUAAACAAUUUUAUAAAUACAGGAAGCCAUAUAGACUGGUGUUAUGGUUAUGGCAAAGCAUUUAUCACUAUCGCUGCUAUAUUAUGGUGUAUAGCUUAUUAUAAGGGUUUAAAACCUUUUUUUCAUCCUAAUUUUAAAAAUUUAACAAAAAGUGCAUAUUAUGUGAAAAAUAUAAAGUAUAUGAAAUAUACAGUCUAUUUAGCAUUUGUAGUAGCAUUUAUCGUUUUUAUUAUAUAUGAUACAUCUAAUAAUAGGAGAAGGCUCAUUUCGUUACUAGGAGUCAUAUUUUUCUUAUUCAUUUCUUUCAUAUUUUCCAAACAUCCUGAAUAUAUCAGAUGGGACACAGUUUUGUCCGGAGUUACAUUACAGAUUUUAUUUGGUCUCUGCACGAUACGUUGGGAAACUGGCAGAAACAUAUUGAAGUGCUUUGGUGAUAAUGUUGUCAACUUUUUGAAUUUUGGUUUAGAUGGAGCUACUUUUGUGUAUGGAGAUACAUUAAUAGUCAAGGAAAUGGUUUUUGCUUUUCAGGCAUUAUCAACAUUAUACUUCUUGGCUAUGUUUGCUAGAAUCUUAUUCUACCUCGGUUGGUUGCAAAUAUUUUGCUUCAAGAUUGGCAGUGUUAUCGAAAUGUGUCUUGGAACCACGGUCAUUGAAAGUAUUAAUGCUAUAACAAUUAUAUUUUUGGGAAUGUCAGAAGCUCCACUUUUGUACUCUGUUUAUUUGGUAGACCUAUCGUCUUCAGAACUGCACGCAAUAAUGACUUCAGGAUUUUCCACGGUUGCAGGAACGUUACUCGCUGCAUAUACAACGUUGGGUGUUGAUCCAAGAUAUGUUCUAACAGCUUCGAUGAUGGCAGCCCCUGCUUCUCUCUGCUUUUCAAAGCUCCUCUACCCUGAAACUGUUCAGUCAAAGACUACUUCUAAAGAAAUAACACUUUUAAACAGUAACGAUGCCAACCUUCUCCAAGCGGCUAGCAAUGGGGCUUUAUCAGCCAUCGGAAUGGUCCAGGGUAUAAUUGCGAGUGUAAUCGCUUGUGUUGCAUUUAUUUCAUUUCUAAAUGCAGUUUGCUCAUGGCUAGGAACAUUAGUUGGAUAUGAUGGGAUAACUUUAGAGUAUUUGGUCGGAAUGCUACUUGUUCCAGUUGCCUGGCUGAUGGGAGUCGACCCCGAGGAAUGCCAAACCGUCGGCAGCCUUAUUGGUAUCAAAACUAUGGCCAAUGAAUUCAUAGCAUAUAAGCAACUUGGCCAACUCAAAGCAGCGGGAAAACUAUCAGCAAGAUCAGAAGCUAUAGCAACAUUUGCUCUUUGCGCUUUCUCGAAUCCUGGUGCCCUGGGUAGUAGCAUUGCUACCUUGACAACUCUUGAAAAGAGGCAGAGUGAAAAAAUUCACAAAGUUGCGUUAAGGGCCUUCGUUGCUGGUUGCAUUACAACAUUCACUUCAGCAUGUAUAGCAGGUUUGCUGACGGACUGAAGUUUAACUAAAAUUAAAUUGUAAUCAAUUUUUAUAUUCAAAUAACUGUUUCUCUUCAUCAGAUAUUGCAACGCAACUAACAGUAGAAAGAAAAUAUAUAUUAUGUUCCUAUCAUGUAAAUAAUUACAAAUGUAAAUAAUUUAUUACUCCGAUUGUGUUUGUAUUAUAUCCAAACAUACUGAAGUAUGGAGUUGAAUUUACAGAAUGGAGAAGAGACUGCUUAAGAAGUAAAGAAGUUCCACAAGAGUUUAAGAAUUUUAGUGAAAGAGUUGAAGGUGUAAAAUGUGAAUUGGGAAGACAAUUUAUAAGAAAAGUGAUCUGCGCUUGUGGCAUAAGCAACCGGAAGAGACAGAGAAUUAAAGGAAGGAGUGUUUGUGAAGUUACUUUCUUAUGGGACUGUUCAAAGUAGUGGAGUUCUAGUCCUACCUAGAUAAGUUAAUAUUUAUAUCUAUUCCAUGGCAGUUCCAUAAAAUGAAUAAAAAAAUAUGGCAACUUCUGAAUGACCAAUUUGGUUUACUAAAAACCCAUAAGAUCUAUUUGCCUGGUUUGUAUUUUCACCGGUACCUGUUAUCUCUUUAGAGGAUAGCUGGGGUGGUACAGAUCGUCUCAAGGAAGAAAAUUUUAUAGAGAUAUCAGGAAAUAAAGAAAAAUAAAUUAUCAUAGAUGACUGGUUUUGUGUGAAGUUAAAACUACAUCUCAUAGACAGCUACGCUUCCCGACAGAAGGCCUAUAGAGAAUACUUAUACUGGGUAAUCUUUGUUUUUAUGAAACGAAAUAUUUAUUUUAUUUAUUUAUAAAUUAUAUUAGAAUAUAUCUGUUUUCCUUAAAUAUGAAGACUGCGCCUAUCAAUUCUCUAGAGCACACCUGACCAAUCUAAAUAGUUUCAAGGAGUAGUUUUUUUAUGGUUAAUAUUACAGUGGUCCUCAUUUAAGGUUGAAAAAAUACUUUAAAAUUUAAAAAAAAAAUACAUUUAUUCUUUUACUGAUCCAAUACAAUUAAACCUUAAAUAUUAAUUGAUGAAAUAUUUGUGUAUCCUUUUUUAUAAUUAUAUUUUUCGGAUUCAUUUAGCAAAAUUUGGCAUGUAUAGAUAUCAAAUAGAGAAAUAAAAAUGCAUAUUAUCACAAUGAUUUCUUCUUUUUUUUUUCCAUAUCUCCAUUCGAUAGAAAAAUAAUUAUAAAAAAUGACACACAUACAAAUUUUCAUUUUUUUAAUAUCCAAAGAGAAACAUAAUUUUCAAUAGAAACAUAAAAUCACAAUAUAACAUGGAGAGCUGUGUCUUAGGUUUGUUCUAGAGACUAAAUAUUAAUUUAUACAAACAUAGUUAUAAGUUAUAUAAAUAAAAUACUAUACAUAUCUUCAACAAAUGGGUUGAAAUUGACAUUAAUUUGUGAAUUAGUUUUAUCUUUCAUUGAAUGUUUCCCAUAAUUUUGUUUUUUACAACUUAACUUUGUGAAUACAAAAAGUUGUACUGAAGAUUAAAAAAAUAAAAAGGAAAAUGAUUUUU